UGGCUAUUUAUACCACUUUCUUAAACUCAUAAAACUCAAGCAGUCAACCCUCCUUGAGUACAAAUUUUCUCAUCAGUCUAACCCUCUUAUUCAAUGGCUGCUUCAUCCAUGGCUCUCUCAUCUUCUUUCACCGGACAAGCUGUGAAAGCGACUCCAUCAGGUUCCAAGCUUCUUGGAACUGGGCGGGUUUCAAUGAGGAAAACCGCGGCACCCAAGAAAGUUGCACCAUCAGGAAGCCCAUGGUACGGUCCUGACCGUGUCAAGUACUUGGGCCCAUUCUCCGGUGAGGCCCCAUCAUACCUCACUGGAGAAUUCCCAGGUGACUACGGUUGGGACACUGCUGGGCUUUCUGCUGACCCAGAGACAUUUGCCAAGAACCGUGAGCUUGAGGUCAUCCACUGCAGAUGGGCCAUGCUCGGGGCUCUUGGGUGUGUCUUCCCAGAGCUCUUGGCCCGCAACGGUGUUAAGUUUGGUGAGGCCGUAUGGUUCAAGGCUGGAGCCCAAAUCUUUAGCGAAGGUGGGCUUGAUUACUUGGGAAACCCAAGUUUGAUCCAUGCACAAAGCAUCUUGGCCAUUUGGGCCACACAAGUGAUCUUGAUGGGUGCGGUUGAGGGAUAUAGAAUUGCUGGUGGGCCUUUGGGUGAGGUUGUUGACCCACUUUACCCGGGUGGUAGCUUCGACCCACUGGGCCUUGCUGAUGAUCCAGAGGCUUUUGCUGAGUUGAAGGUGAAGGAGAUCAAGAAUGGUAGACUAGCCAUGUUCUCUAUGUUUGGGUUCUUUGUUCAAGCCAUUGUGACCGGAAAGGGACCAUUGGAGAACCUCGCUGACCACCUUGCGGACCCUGUUGCGAACAACGCGUGGUCUUACGCUACAAACUUUGUCCCCGGAAAGUGAUAUAUUUGACAUAUGCUUGAGUUUGCUAUUUUGAAAAAUGUAUUCAAAGGGUUUGAUACAAGUUGUGUGUAUUAAUGUUGAAUAUUUAUAUUAUUUCUCAUUUUUAAUGACACAAAUUUGUCAUUUUCUGUUA